AUGGCUGUCGCGUCUAUUCAGGAUCGAACCUCCGAGUUCAAGUCGGUUCUGGCACAAGCCCAGAAACGCCAGAAUGCGAACAAGGUCGGAUCGCAGCGGCGGUCACUUCUGACUGAUGCUCAGAAAGCCGCCGCAGAUGGAUCCGCGCAACCGAAGAGAUCAGAUUUUGCGAGGAAGGCUGCCGAAAUUGGCCGAGGCAUCUCUGCGACCAUGGGGAAGCUCGAGAAGCUGGCACAACGUGGGUUCAGCUGGAACAUUGUCCACUGGGCUGUGACAAUGCUAACAUUUUACGUAGUGGCCAAGCGACGGACCAUGUUCGACGACCGACCCGUUGAAAUCAACGAACUUACUUUUGUCAUCAAGCAAGAUCUUUCUGCCCUUAAUCAGCAGAUCGGGAGCUUGCAAAGCCUUUCAAAGCAGCAACAUCCCAAAGCCGACCAAGAAGGCGAGCACAACAAGAACGUCGUGUACUUGUUGCAAGGCAAGCUCACCGACGUCUCGGCCAAUUUCAAGGACGUGUUGGAGGAGCGGACCAAGAACAUUCAAGCGUCAAGGUCGCGAACCGAAAACUUCAUCUCAUCCGUCGCGCAGCAUGCACAGCCAUCCAUCCAGAAGUCCGCCUCGCCCCUAUACGGCACGCCCAAUCGAUCCUCACCAGCCCCCGCAUCCGACACGCUCUCGCUCAACCCUGUCGGCGACCAGCAACUGUUGAUGAUGGAAGAAGCCCAGCCUACAAAUGUCUACAUUCAACAGAGGGGAGAGGCCAUCGAGGCCAUUGAGUCAACGAUUAACGAACUGGGCAGUAUCUUUGGACAGUUGGCAACCAUGGUCUCAGAACAGAGCGAGAUGAUUGAGCGAAUCGACGCCAACACAGACGACGUCGUGGACAAUGUCGAGGGCGCUCAGAGGGAGCUUUUGAAAUAUUGGUCUCGAGUAUCGAGCAACCGGUGGUUAAUAGCCAAGAUGUUUGGCGUGUUGAUGAUUUUCUUCCUGUAA